GGAGCAGCUGGCACUGGCCAGGAUGGGCAGGAGCAGGCAGGGAGCAGCCCAGGGAUGCACAGAGUCCUGUCCUUGGAUGUAACACUCGCUCCAAGGGACCCCCGAGCUCCCGGCCAGUUUGGACAACCUGUUGCUGUCCCUGCUGAUAAACAAGAAGAAGCAAAAAGCAGAUGGAAAGAAGGAAACUUUAAUGUCUACCUCAGCGACCUGAUCCCUGUGGACCGAGCCAUCCCAGACACCAGGCCUGCCGGGUGCUCUGAGCAGCAGGUCCACGACGACCUCCCGAGCACCAGCAUCAUCAUGUGCUUUGUGGACGAGGUGUGGUCCACGCUGCUGCGCUCGGUGCACAGCGUCCUCGGCCGCUCUCCCCCGCACCUCGUCCAGGAGAUCAUCUUGGUGGAUGACUUCAGCACCAAGGAGUACCUGAAGGAGCAGCUGGACACGUACAUGUCUCGGUUCCCCAAGGUGAAGGUCCUGCACCUCCGGGAGCGGCACGGGCUGAUCCGGGCCAGGCUGGCGGGAGCUGAGGUCGCCACAGGUGCUGUCCUGACCUUCCUGGACUCGCACGUGGAGUGCAACGUGGGGUGGCUGGAGCCGCUGCUGGACAGGAUCCGCCUGCGCCGCACCAAGGUGGCCUGUCCUGUCAUCGAGGUCAUCAGCGACAAGGACAUGAGUUACAUGACUGUGGACAACUUCCAGCGCGGGAUUUUUACUUGGCCAAUGAAUUUUGGAUGGAAGCAGAUUCCCCAAGAGGUCAUCGAGAAAAAUAAAAUCAAGGAGACUGAUAUAAUAAGGUGCCCCGUCAUGGCAGGCGGCCUGUUCUCCAUCGAGAAGAAGUAUUUUUCUGAGUUGGGAAUGUACGACCCGGGGCUGGAUGUCUGGGGAGGGGAAAAUAUGGAGAUUUCAUUCAAGGUCUGGAUGUGCGGAGGAGAGAUCGAGAUCGUGCCGUGCUCCAGGGUUGGGCACAUCUUCAGGAACGACAACCCCUACUCCUUCCCCAAGGACCGGGUGCGGACGGUGGAGAGGAACCUGGCGCGCGUGGCCGAGGUGUGGCUGGACGAGUACAAGGAGCUGUUCUACGGGCACGCGCCGCAGCUGCUGCGGGGUGGCGCGGCCGUGGGCGAGCUGGGCCCGCAGCGGGGGCUGCGCCGCAGGCUGCGCUGCAGAACCUUCCGCUGGUACCUGCGCAACGUCUACCCCGACCUGCCGGCGCCCCUGGCCAGAGCCAGCGGGCUGCUCGUUAACGAGGCCCUGGCAGGGUGCAUCGCUGUGGAAGGCACCACCCUGGCUUUUGAGGAGUGCGAUGUUAACAGCACGCACCAGCAGUUCAACUACACCUGGCUGAGGCUGGUGCAGCACGGGGAGCUGUGCCUGGCCCCGGCCGGAGUCCUGGGAGCCGUGGGGCUGCGCCGCUGCCAGGCCGGGAGCCGCAGCCUGGGCUGGCUACACGGGGCACUGGCCACUGGCCACCCCGGACUGGUGAGUGAUGCUGCAGCCCUGCCCUGCCAGGGGGGUCACAGCGCUGGGGGGCACUGA